AUGCAGUCAAUGCAGAGGCAGUUCGGCAAGCUGCGGAACAAAGGUCCGGGAGACAAUGCCAAAGUCUCUGUCCUGUUGAGCGACUACGAGGAUGCGGACAAUGUCCUAGCCAAGAUCAUUGAGGAUGCGAAAAUGUGGAGGGAGUCAUGGGCUAGUCUGGUUACAUGCCAAUUGCAGGCCGUCUCCGAGUACGAAGGUCUCUAUGACCCCAUUGUCGGCGCCUCCUCUGAGCGGCAACAGGGCGCUGCUACGCCUCAACUUCAACUAGAGCGCACUUUCAGGUUGAAGGAGGCGUACAGCGAGCUGAAAGUGGAGCUGAUGGAAGAGAUCACGCUGAUCGAGGGCCACAUUUUACAGCCCGCUUCCGAUGCUCGGGGCGCCAUCGCACCCAUCCGCAAGACCAUCAAGAAGCGGGAGAACAAGCGACUGGAUUACGAAAUGGCACAGGAGAAAGCGCUAAAGCUCCAAAGGAAGCCAUGCCGGACUGCAAAAGAGGACGCAGCUCUAGCAAAGGCCGACGCCGAGAUGUCAAGGACGGCAGAUGAAUUCAGCGUUGCUGAUGAACACCUUCGGGAGACGUUGCCCCCCAUCAUCACCGCGGCCUUCAAUCUGGUGGGCCCUCUGGUCGCCAAUCUCGUCCUGAUUCAGAACAGGCUGCUGGGAUUGUAUUAUACGACAUUGCACAACUACUGCGAGGAAUUCGAUUUUCCAUCGCCACCACCGCCGAUGCAAGAUGUGGUCAGCACAUGGAAUGCCGCAUUCGAUCCCGCCCGAAGCAAGGUCGAGUCCAUCAGCUUCAUAACUCGCGGCAAGGCGGCACAUCAACCUAUCUCUGCCCCAAACGAUGGCGCCCGUAGCACUUCGUCAAGCCUGCUCACCGGUGUCCAAGCGCGAACCCUACGAAUGAAGUCGGGAGCUUCGUCGCAAACAGCAGAAGACAGCACACCCUCGGCGUCGCGUUACCAGCGGCCGGAUUACUCGAACGCAACCGAUUUCACCGCCGCCACGAUCCUAGGCGGCGGCGCGGUGAACCGAUUCAAUGGCACUUCACCGAACGUGACGUCAGGGAAGCAGCAGGACUACUUCAACAAGCCCGGUCCUGCGUCGACCGCCUCCUUAGUUGCCGCCAACGCCUUAGCGGCCAAAAAGAAGAAGCCCCCACCGCCUCCGCCGAAACGGGUGCCAACGGCGACACCAGACGAGUGGGUGGUCGCGCAGUUCGCAUUCGCCGGCGAGGGGCAAGGCGACCUCUCCUUCCAGGAGGGCGAUAGGAUAAAAAUAGUCCGGAAGACCGAUACGGACCAGGACUGGUGGGUAGGAGAACUUCGAGGACAUACCGGCAAUUUCCCAGCCAACUACUGCCGCAAGUCACUUUGA